AUGAGCAGCAGGGAGGACCUUACUCAGCAGAACACCUCUGAAAGUGACAAUGAUGAAGUUGAUGGCAACAAUGUGUGUGGUUUCAGAAAGAAAAAGGGAGUCAAAGGCCCUGCCAAGCACCUUCCUUCUUUAGACAAUGAGAAGAUGGAGCUGCCCCACGCCUCCGAGCUCCCAGAGCCUUGUCCCCUCCGAGGAAGCCCUGCUUGCUCAGAACCACCAGCAGAGCAACCUCUUCCAAGCAUGAGCUGCCCUCCUCCAGGGCAGGAGGACAGAGAGGGUGCUGACAGUCCCCAUGCUGGCAGGGACAUCCAAGAAGAGGCGUCUGGAGACAGAGAAGAAAUCCAGGGAAGUGCUGGCGCUGGGCAAAGAGCGAUAGGGGAGAGGCAGGAGGAGAUGGAGGCGCCCAGCAGAAGUGAGCUGCCCAUGGGCAUGCAGCCAGCGAGGGGCACAGGGAGAGCUGGGCAUGGAGAGGCAGCAGGCAGGGCAGAGGGUGGUGAGAGGGCAGGAAGUAAGCAGCAGGAGUGGGGGAGGAUGGAAGAGGUCAAGUUUCACGCGAGCAGGAUGGGCUCCCUGGGCUGCACCAGAGGAGCUGCAGAGGCCUUCCCGGCAGCUCCUGACUUCUCUGCACGCAGCCUGCAAGAGCUGAAGACCCUGCUGAGGGAAGGGCCUCUGCCUGCCCGGGGGCACAGUCACGGUGGCAAGGCAGGGGGCACUUUCCCUCAGAAGAGCUCCAAGCCCUGGGAGAAGCCAGCUGAGAAGCCAGGCAGAGCCUUUGGGACCUUUGGUCCCCAUUUCGGAGAGGAGAACCGAAAGCAGCACAGCUUCCAGCAGGUGGGAGUGGGGCAGCAGGGCAAACCCCUCCUGGUGCUCAGCUCUGCAGGCUCUGAUCAGCAGCAAGCAGCAGGAAGUGACAUGGAUCAGCUUAUUCUGGGUGUGCCAGCAGCUCCCACACAGGCAGGAGGCCCAGCUGCUGAGAUUCAGUUGGACUCCUCUGCAGACCACCCUGCAUCCAGCAGAGAGCCUGAUGUGAAUGACCUGGGCAAUUCAACUCUGCUUCUUCUCUUCUCUCACAUUGAAUUCAUCAAGCAGCAGAUGGCCAGGGACGGUGUCCAGUUUGUCAGGUUUGAGUCCAUCGACCUCCAUGGCGUGUCCAGGUCCAAGAACAUUCCCUCUCGCUUCUUCCACGAGAAGGCCAUCCACGGCGUUUCCAUGCCCAGAAGCUACCUGGAGCUGACCCUGAACCCCAAAGACAACGAGCUGGACUACCUCAACGCCACCAAUUUCAACUGCGACAUCAUCCUGCAGCCCGACCUCUCCACCUUCCGCCUCCUGCCCUGGACCGAGCAGACCGCUCGGGUCAUCUGCGACUCCUUCAGCGUGCUGGGCGCCCCGCUGGGCACCUCCCCGCGGCACAUCGCCAAGCGGCAGCUGGGCCAGCUCCGCCAGCAGGGCUUCUCCCUGCGCUCUGCCUUCACCUACGAGUUCUGCAUCUACGGCAUCACCGAGGUGGUCAACUCGAAGACCAUCUCCUUCCCCGCCGCCACCAUCCUCAACAACCACGACCAGACCUUCAUCCAGGAGCUGAUAGAAGGGAUGUACUACGCCGGGGCCAACAUCGAGAGCUUCUCCUCCUCCAGCGGGCCGGGGCAGAUGGAGAUCACCUUCCACCCGGCCUUCGGCAUGGACGCCGCCGACAGCGCCUUCACCUUCCGCACGGGCAUCAAGGAGGUGGCCAAGAAGUACAACUACGUGGCCAGCUUCUUCUCGGAGUCGGGCUUCUACAACUCGGGGGCCCUGGCGCACAGCCUGUGGGACCUGGACGGGCAGAGGAACCUGUUCUGCGCCGGCUACGGGGCGGAGGAGCUCUCGGAGGUGGGCAGGAGCUGGCUCUCCGGCCUGCUGGCGCACGCCGCCGCCAUCAGCUGCCUGGUGGCGCCCACCACCAGCUGCAGGAAGCCCUACUGCAAGUACAGCAAGGAGUCCAAGGAGGCUGUCAACGCCCAGUGGGCCUACAACGACAACAGCUGCGCCUUCAACGUCAAGUGCCACGGGGGCAAGGGCCCCCUCAUCGAGAACAAGCUCAGCUCCGCCACCGCCAACCCCUACCUGGUGCUGGCGGCCACCGUCGCCGCCGGCCUGGACGGCAUCAAGAGGGGGCUGAGGUACGACCAGGUGCUGGCAGGAGAGGACCAAGGUGCUGAGCUGAGGCACUCCUCGGUCCCUCUGAAGCUGGAGGACGCUCUCGUGGCCCUGGAGAAGGACUCCUGCAUCAGGGAGGCCUUGGGGGAAACCUUCGUCAGGUACUUUGUGGCCAUGAAACACUACGAGCUGGAGACCGAGGAGAUGGACCUGGAGAGGAACAAGUGCCUGGGGUACUUCAUCUAG